AGCGUUGCCGGCUGUGAACGCCGGCUGUCAGUUCGCAAAUACCCAUCGGGUAGGUACCACGCCACUCACACACACUGACCGUGGCGUGAGGACUUAAAAAAAUAAUAAAAAAAAACUGCCAGUGCAUAAAGUGACAGUGCCACAGUGAGAAGAAAAUUGUGAACAGGGAAAUUAGAUCAGAACUAGUUUUUCAUAUUCGACCGACAGCGAAUCAAAGUUACGAUCCGACAGUUUUUAAUUUCUGACGAUUUGCACAAUUUUACCGAGGUGCAAGAUAUGGGAUGUCGCUACUGAACACUACUUUUAUAUCUAGGUGCUGAAUUUAAAUAAUGGCGAUGUGGAUCCAAAGAGCCGUUUUUCUUCUAUCAGUAUUUUUAUUAACGGUCCCGAGCUUGGCAGCGGUGUGUCCAGAUGGGUGCGUGUGCAGUACCACGCGCGAUGGACUCCAUCGUGCUACAUGCAGUGAUCUCCUCAAACUGUAUAAAUUUACACUCCGGCAAAAACAUCACAAUAUAAAUAUAUUGGAUUUGUCACAUAACAACAUUACUAAACUAGCUCACGAGCUUGAUCGACUUACUGAAGUCGUAACAUUGGACCUCUCCACGAAUGGAAUAAUGAACCUUAAUAAAUUCUUACAUAAUGCAAAAAAACUGGUACAUCUCAAUCUCGCCAAUAACAGGAUACAGACGCUUUCCCUAACCCAAUUGCCCACCAGUGUUAGUUCGUUAGAUUUAACUAACAAUCUGUUGGAAGAUGUGCCUUCGAAUUUCGUUCAUCUCGUAGGUUUGGAACAUUUAGAAUUAGAAGGUAAUCCUCUAAAUUGCUCCUGUGAAAACAUUAUGGCACGGGAUCGGCUACUCCUUGCAAAUGUAUUUAUUGAUGCAGUUGCAUGUGUUGUGCCUGAAAAAGUAAAAGGUCGAUCUUGGUUAGAAUUGAAAACAAAGGAUGUGUGUAAAAUUCCAAAAUCAGAACCAAAUUAUCUAGAUAUGAUGAUGGGUGAUCAGCCAAUAGAUGCAGAACGUAUUGGCAAAGAAACUACUGCUUUAAAAUCCAUGCCUUUAGUAGCCAGUAACGAUUUAGAGGAUGGAAAUGUUAUUCAGGGGGAUAAUGAAAAUGACGACGAUGAUGUUAAGCAAUUUAUGAAAGUUGGUCACAUUACUUCUCAGUCUCCUUUAGAUAAUAUUGAAGGGUCUGGUGAAGCCGAGAGUACGACGGUUGCCGGUAUAAUUGUACCGUUAGAAGCUGGGAAGCUUGAUUCAAGAUUUUUUGAAAAUGAUGAAGUGUUUCCAGCUUAUACUAUUGCUACUACGACUCUUGAUCCCCAAGAAGGUUCAGGAGAAGGAUCUGGUUCGGGUUUUAUACCGUUCUUUGAAGAUAUUAUUGAAGAUACAACAGAAGCUGUUACUCCUGUUUUCGUGGGACUUAAUCCAGGACCUGUACGUCGAGUUUUUGAAGAUUUCAAUAAUGGUACAGAAUUUCCAGUCCCGGAAGCCCCAUCUGUUUACGAAGGUGGUUCAGAUUGGCAAAUAAAAUCAGAUGUUACUAUUGCUCCCACGGAAUAUUUGGCAACAGUUCCCGUAUCACGAGAUACCACAGUGUCAGAACACAUAAGAGUAACUCAGGCAUCUGAAAAUCUAGGUGCAGCUCCAACUACCGUUAAAAAAGAGGUUCCACAUAAAACAGGCACUUAUGUUUGUAUUGCAAUAAUAGUUGUGCUUCUUGUCGGGUUAAUUGGGUUUGCUAUCGUCAAAGGACAAAUAAGAAAACGAAGAGAUAAAAGAAUAUUAAGACAGCAGAAAAGAGACGUAGAAAAAGCAUCAAAGGAAAUGGUAGAUAUGAAUAGAUCACUAUUAGGCAAACCCGCAGGUUUAGAGCCCCCUGGAGAAAAGCCGGUUAAUGGGAAAUACGAAAGAGUACCCACACAUGAACCAAUUCAAAGAAAGAGUGAAAAUGGUGAUGUUGCCAAUGGAUUUAAGUACAGUGACAAUAAUGGUAUGAGGACUGAUAGUCCUAGGGAUACAAAUCAGAAUAAGAAUAGCUCAAAAGACAAUAAUUUAGUAGAACAAAAACAAAUUCCAACACUAGAUACAUCGUUGGAAUCGGCACCAGCUUCUCCUGAUUCUAGAAAGGACACAAAUUCUUUAUCUAGUGUAGAUAUUUUCGUACCUUUGAAUGGCGAUGAAACACCUAGAUUAAAUGGUAACGCCGAUUCUGAUUACUCCCAGCCUCUCAUUAAUGGUGAUCAAAUUACAGAUUCUGAUUUUCUAUCACCAUCCCGCGAUUACGUUCCAGUUUAUUCACCAGAUAUGGGAAGGGUCCGAAUAAAGCUGGCGGAAAUUCAAAAGCCAAAAACACCAGAACUAGUCACCAGAAGUAGGUCAAAUGCUGGAGACAUCAUAAUCACGCGUUCAACAGAUAUUAAUGCACGCAAGUCAACCACUUGAAGUUUAAUUUUAACAAAA